AUGGCUAUUAUACUUUUGACAAUCAGUGCUCUUAUUGUGGGAGUUGUGAGGUAAGCGCCAUCGUGUUCCAACACAACUUGUGACUUUUCAGCUUCUACCUCUGGACGUGGACGUACUGGAGGCGACGUGGCAUCGAUGGACCCAUCGGUUACCCGUUCAUCGGAAUCGCUCUUCAGAUGCUCGACGCCGAGCAUCCGCCGUAUCUGCAGUUGAGAGAAUGGACUAAACAGUACGGAAAAGUGUUCGGAAUGACCGAAGGACUCGCCAAAAUCAUGGUCAUCUCGGAUCCGGACCUCGUGCACGAGGUGUUCGUGAAGCAGUACGACAACUUUUACGGCCGCAAGCUGAAUCCGAUCCAGGGAGAUCCGAACAAGGACAAGCGGGUGAACUUGUUCGCGGCGCAGGGACACCGAUGGAAGCGACUUCGCAACAUUUCCAGUCCCACUUUCUCGAAUAGCAGUCUGAGAAAGUUGAAGAGUACGGUGGAGGAGAGUGCGGUCGAGUUGUUGAGGCAUAUUGAAGAGCAGACGGCCGGAGGGCAACAGAUCGACAUGUUAGAGUGAGUUGGGGGUGCUAGGCCAUCAAUUGGUUGGAACAAGCUUUUCAGAUUCUACCAAGAAUUCACUUUGGAUGUGAUCGGCCGAAUCGCUAUGGGUCAAACCGACACACAAAUGUUCAAGAACCCCAUGUUACCCUUUGUGAAACGAGUGAGUUUCUCACUUUUUCACUCUUCAACUCGAACGGAUGCUUCAGGUCUUCGGAGAACCUCGAAAAUUUAUUUUCCUGACCGGCGGCACGAUUCCGGGAUUCGGAAAGAUCAUGAGAAAGAUCUUGAUGAACUACCCGUCGCUCUUCUCGAAUCCAGUCAUUUACAUCUUCAAACAGAUGGAAAAGGCGGUCGAGCAGCGGAUAGGCCAACGAGAAACGGACGCAAGGCGGGAAUCGAGCCGGGAGAGCCCGCCGACUUUAUCGAUCUGUUCCUGGACGCGAGGGCCGACGUGGACAUGCUCGCCGAGAGCAACGACGAUUUUACCAAGGCGGGAGUGAAGGUGUCGCGGCAGCUGACGACCGACGAGAUCGUCGGACAGUGUUUCGUGUUCCUGAUUGCUGGUUUCGACACGACCGCGCUAUCACUCUCGUAUUCUACCUACCUCCUGGCAACCAACCCACUAGUUAUGGCCAAAUUGCAAGAGGAGGUGGACAGAGAGUGUCCGGACCCCGAGAUCACUUUCGAUCAGCUGGCAAAACUGAAGUACAUGGAGAUGGUGAUCAAGGAGACACUUCGAUUGUAUCCACUCGGGGCGCUGUAAGUUUAUUGUUGCAACUGGGAGGUCAGAAUAGAGAAUUUGUUGAUUUCAGAGCCAACUCGCGUAAAUGCAUGAGAAGCACCAGGAUCGGAGAGUUCGACGUCGAGGAGGGAGUGGAGAUUAUGUGUGACACGUGGACUCUCCACUACGACCCGAACAUUUGGGGCGCGGACGCAGAGUCAUUCCGGCCGGAAAGAUGGGAAGGCGCGGCGGAGCAGCAUAAAAGCGGCGGCUACAUUCCAUUCGGACUGGGACCGCGACAAUGCAUCGGAAUGCGGCUCGCUUAUAUGGAGGAGAAGCUGCUCUUGGCUCAUCUCCUUCGCAAAUACACCUUCCAGCCGGGCGCCCGCACUCGCAUCCCGCUCAAGUUGGUCGGAAGGGCCACCACGCAGCCGGACAGUGUUUGGAUGCAUCUCAAAGCGAGGGAAUAA